AUGAGUGAAACAAAAUCAAAGGAGAGCCAACAAAAAUAGAAUUUAAUAAUGAUAGGAGGAUAAUACGCAUUGAAAAGCUGUAUCUAUAGAGGGAGAGUCCAUAAUCUGUAUUUGGGUAAGAAUAUCUGAUGUAUGUUGAAAGCGAUAAACAAAUAGCAACCUGGAAAUUACUUCAUAGUGCGAUUAGUAAUGUAAAUAAGAGUUUAAAUUUAUUGUUAGUUCAUUUACCUGAUAGGCUAACACAAACAUAGAUAGCAUUUAAGAGGAGGAGAAGCUGUUAAAGAAAUUGAAUGUUGGUAUAAAAAGUAAGUUAUGAAUUUAAGUGACAUUCAUGCCUACAGUAUUGGCAUCAGGAGAUGUGAGACUGCAGAAUACAAAUUACUAUUAUUAAGUAUUUGACAAAUAUGGACCAAGUCUGAAAUUAUGCUUCUAAUUUGCUAAUAAGAACUUUACUCUAGGAACAAUUUGUAUGAUAGGCAUAUAAUUGGUAAUGGUUAGUCAAGAUAUGGAUAGCUAAACAUAUUGGAGAAGAUGCAUAGUCAAUUCAUAGUCCAUCGUAACUUAAAGCCUAAGAAGAUAUUGACUAUCCCAGGCAAAAAUGAUUUUGUUUUAAUUGAUUU